ACGCACAGUCAUUUGCGGGAGUCGAACUCAUGGUCCAUGCACACAAGACAGUCGAGUGUACCACGACACUCUCAGCCAUCCUCAGUUUAUUAACAUACUGUUGGCCUGAGUGACGUCAUCGCCGGGCUGAACUCCAAUUGGCUUGCCUGAGAAGUAAUCGAAGCGCGUCCUGCGCUUCGCUGUUGUUCCGCGUUCGCCUCUUGGACGACGAGUCGCAACUUUGACGGAAUUCCCUGCUUGACGAAAAUCGAGAAAUAACAUGAUGUUUAGAAUGAAUUUACUUGCAUUCUUUGUUUUGGCUGUGCAAAUAUACAGCGUGACGCCUGUCAUUCACACGCUCAAUUAUUUCGUGACGGCCUCUCAAGUUGCAAAGCUACCAGAGUACUGGGAGGCCGCGUAUGUUGACGGCGUUCAGAUUCUGCACUUUGACAGCAACCACAGGAAAGCAAAAGCCAAACAAGACUGGGUGGACAAAAUCACAGAAGAUGAUCCGCACUUCUUGAAGAGAGAGACGGCGAACAGUAUUAGUGCUGAGCAGGUCUUAAAAGUCGACAUUGAAAACAUUAAGAAGCGCUUCAACCAAACUGGAGGUGUUCACAUGUUUCAGUGGAUGUACGGCUGUGAAUGGAAUGAUGAGACUGGGGAGGUUGAUGGUUGGGAGCACCACAGUUACGAUGGAGAAGACUUCAUAUCAUUUGAGCUGAAGACGAUGAGCUGGAUCGCAGUACAUCCGCAAGCUUUCAUCACCAAACUCAAGUGGGACAGAGACGACGGAUACAAGCAAUACUGGAAGAAUUCCUUGACUGAGGUGUGUCCUUUACGGUUGGAGAAGCAUGUGAGCAACGGGAGGGAGUUCCUGACCAGAACCGAGCUUCCCACGGUGUCUCUCCUGCAGAAGACUCCUUUCUCUCCGGUCACCUGCCACGCCACAGGUUUCUACCCCAGGACGUCGGACCUCUUUUGGAGGAAGGACGGCCAGGAGAUCCACGAGGACGUGGAGAUGGGGGAGACCCUCCCCAACCACGACGGAACCUUCCAGACCACGGCCGACCUGAAGGUGGAGCUGACGCCCGCUGCGGAGGGCCGCUACGAAUGCGUGUUCAAACUGGAUGGCGUCCGGGAGGAGAUAGUCAACAAGCUGUACUUCAGAAGCAUCCUGAGCAACGUGCGCAUUCAGGAAGAGGAAGACAGGAAGAAGGCGGUGGCCAUCGCUGUCCCGCUGGUGGUCCUGGCUCUGGUGGCGAUGGCGGUGACGCUGGGGGUGUUCCUGGCCAAGCGACCCAAAAGCCAACAAGCCAAUUACGCUCCAGCUUCCAGCACCUAAUCUUCUGAGCAGGAUUGAAUGAACCCCAUUAAGGUUGAAGGGAUGUCUUCUUUUUUUGGGUGCCACGCUUGAUUGAAUCAUCCCAUUCCAACUGUAUGAACUAUUUGGAAAUGCUUCUUAUUUCAAAUUGAAAUGCAACAGUUUUUCAAGUGCAGUGAAUUCUAAUUGUAUUUACUUCACUAGUUCUUCAAAAUACCGCUAGAGAGAGCCAACUUAGCGCAAGUAAUAUCCGCAUCAUGCGUUGCUUUUUUUAAGUGCUUUUUUGUUAAGCGAGCUACUGAUCUAUUUGAUACAAGUUUGAGUAUCAUUAUAAAAAUGUUUGAAAUGAGGUUUCACCUCGCGAGAAGUAUAAAGCGAAAUGUCAACACUUACGGCUGUCCAUAUAAUCGUAUUGUUGUGUCGUUAAAGAUUUUUUUCAAUUGGAAUAUAUUUAUUCAAUACUUUAUCCCAUUGAAAAGAGAAGGUACGAAUAGAAAUGGAUGGAACUGAAAUUGAAAGGGUGCAGGAAAACAAAUUUCUUGGGGUAAUAAUAGAUGACAGGCUGAGUUGCUGAGUCGAACUAUGGAGCAGUCUAAGUGAGGGACUCAAACAAAGUCCAAAUCUCCACUGUUCUGCCCUCAAAAUUGUUUUCAUGACGUAAGAAAUGUUUUCUAUGUAAAGAAGCAUACACAAUGGUUAUUUGUCGUUCGGAAGCAAAUCGGAAAUGUAUUUUGAAAUGCACUGGAAGCUGCGCAUGCUUUUGUUGAAGCGACUUGCCAACUGAUGACUUACUCGCGUCAUCUAAGCAAAUCUUUCUCCUCUCCUUAUGCUCACGGAAUCAACGGCUGUAAGUUAUCAUCGUUUUAUUGGAUAACUUUAUUAUUGUUUAUAAAAUAAGAAUAUUCGUCGAAGAAACUAAGUGUGUUUGUUGUUUCACUUGCAGUUUCACUGGUUGUGUUUAACACUGAACAGAAAUAAAGGGAGCAAGACGCUCUGAAUCCUG